AUGGCUUCGAAUUCAACAGAUCCAUCCGCAAAAGAUGAUGACGAAUAUCAAGCUGGUUAUGAUGAAGAAGAUGACGAGCAAACUAUUGAAGAAGAAGAACAAUUUGGAGAUGAUGACGAACAAAACGAAUUGGAUGAUUUAGAAGCGGAUGCAAAUAUGCCUCUGGAUGAACUACUCAAAAUGUACGGACAGAACGCGCCAGCCAUUCACAACAUCCCGCAUAGUCAUGAUGAUACAAAUACUUCUUCAGAUGAUGAUGAAGAGGAAAACAAUCGUCCGCCUCAACUGCAUCAUUUACUUCAUGUUAACGGUCGACUGUUACCAGAUAACGAUGAUGAUGAUGAUGAUGAUGAUACAGAUGACUCAUUCGAACCAGAAAUUAUUAAGACAAUUCGUGUCGGUGAGGAAUAUCAAGCGGAAGUAGAACCACAAGCGGAGUUUGAUUCAACGAAUAAGAAUUCAGACGACAGAGAAGUGCCUGUUGAUGAAAUCCUUUGGUCAUCAUCUUCAGUCGAUGACGAUAUGAAUGAGAAUAUUGAUGAAUAUCUGAAAACAAUUCGCAGUGAAUAUCCACUUUCGGAUGAUGAAAUAUCACUUCAAACGCUAUUCAAUUGUCAAAUGAAUACGGAAAACGCUCUUGUUAAGUUUCGUCAAUUACCUGUGAAAACUAUCUAUUCUUAUCCGGAAUGGUCACUCGAGGAAAUUCAGUCGCUCGAAGAAGGUUUACGCGUAUAUGGAAAGAAUUUCUUCAAGAUAUCUGAAAUCAAAUGUCCAAGUCGAAGUGUUCGUGAAGUCAUUCACUAUUAUUACCAAUGGAAGAAAAGUGAACGAUAUCAAUUGUUUAUGGAAGAACAACAGCGUCUCACUGCAAUCACAUCUGUCACCGAUAUGAUUGAAAAGCUAAUUGAAGAACAAGAACAACAAUUAUGUACAGCUGUAGGUGUUAUCAAUUCAACCAAUUCUUCUUCAGUACUUACGCAUGAUCUUAAACGCAAUUCUCCAAAUUCUUCAAUUUCAAUUGUAACUAUAUGCCAACAAGAAACGAGCACAACAACAACAAGCAAACGAGCAUUUGAUCAAGUGGACAAUGAUACAGAUCCACCAACGAAGAAAUCUUCACUCAAUUCUAAUAAUUCUCCAACAGCAACCAUCGUAUAG